CGCCAACACCACACUCACAACUCACAACACACACUACUCUCACUCUUCAGCUUCUGAUCUUUUUUCCCGGAGGAGAAAGCAUGACGGACAUUACGGAUGAUAUAGCAGAGGAGAUAUCGUUCCAGGGGUUUGAAGAUGACUGCAGAUUACUCGGAAACCUGCUCAAUGAUGUUCUCCAACGCGAAUUAGGGCCUGACUUCAUGGACAAACUCGAAAGGACCAGAGUUCUCGCACAGAGUGCAUGCAACAUGAGGAUGGCAGGAAUUGAGGACACAGCGGAGCUUCUUGAGAAGCAAUUGUCUGCAGAGCUGUCUAAGAUGACCCUUGAGGAAGCCCUGUCACUUGCUCGCGCAUUCAGUCAUUAUCUAAACCUGACAGGGAUUGCCGAAACACAUCACAGAGUAACUAAAGCUCGAGGGUCCGCAAAUUUAUCAAAAUCGUGUGAUGAUGUUUUGAAUCAGCUUGUGCAAGGUGGUAUUUCUCCAGCAGACCUAUAUGAUACUGUUUGCAAGCAGGAGGUUGAAAUUGUCCUGACAGCACACCCGACUCAAAUAAAUCGUAGAACUCUGCAAUAUAAACAUAUCAAGAUUGCACAUCUUUUAGAAUAUAAUGAUCGGCCUGACCUAGGGCAUGAAGAUCGAGAGAUGUUAAUUGAAGAUCUGGUGAGAGAGCUUGCUUCAAUAUGGCAAACGGAUGAGCUUAGGCGACACAAACCUACACCAGUUGAUGAAGCUAGAGCUGGCCUCAAUAUUGUGGAGCAAUCACUUUGGAGAGCCGUACCUCAUUAUUUACGUCGUCUCAGUAAUGCACUAAAGAAGCAUACUGGAAAGCCCCUACCCUUGACAUGCACUCCAAUAAAAUUUGGAUCCUGGAUGGGGGGUGAUCGAGAUGGAAAUCCUAAUGUGACCGCAAAGGUCACAAGAGACGUGUCUCUUUUAUCCAGGUGGAUGGCUGUUGAUCUCUACUUGCGUGAAGUUGAUAACCUCAGAUUUGAACUCUCCAUGAACCAAUGCAGUGCAAAGUUAUCAGGAUUAGCACGUGAAAUUUUAGAAAAAGAGAAAACACUAGAUGACUGGCAUGAAACUCGGAGUCAACAAUCAAGUUUGGGCCAAUUCAAAAACUACAGCAAUCAUGCUCCACCUCUUCCAACACAGCUUCCAGCUGGUGCAGACCUGCCCUCUUGUGCAGAACACAAUGACAUGAAGACUCACUAUCCUAGACUAGAUGUCCCUGGAACAGAGUUUAAGCCAAUGAAUCGUCAGGGUAGACAGGAUUCCCUGAGAGAAUUUUCACUUGAUACAAGUAAACUUUCCAUCAAAACACAUGGAAAUGACAAUGCUAAUAAUUCUGGAAAUGGUCAGUCAGUUGUGACACCACGAGGAACAGCUUCUAGUUCGAGUCAGCUUCUACUUCAGAGGAGACAAUUUGCUGAAUCUCAGAUAGGAAGGACUAGUUUCCAGAAGCUCCUAGAACCAAGCUCUUCCCAGAUACCUGGAAUAGCUCCCUACAGAGUUGUUCUUGGGGAUGUGAAAGAAAAGCUUUCCAAGAGUCGAAGACGGCUAGAACUUCUUCUUGAGGACCUUCCUUGUGAAUAUGACUCUUGGGAUUAUUAUGAGACUUCAGAGCAACUUCUUGAACCUCUCUUACUGUGCUAUGACUCACUGCAAUGUUCCGGGUCUGGGAUCUUAGGUGAUGGCCGACUUGCUGACCUAAUUAGGCGUGUUGCUACUUUUGGGAUGGUGCUAAUGAAGCUCGACCUUCGCCAGGAAUCUGGUAGACAUUCAGAAACACUGGAUGCAAUAACCAAAUAUCUGGAUAUGGGUGCCUAUAGUGAGUGGGAUGAAGAUAAGAAACUGGAAUUCCUGACAAGAGAGUUGAAGGGGAAGAGGCCUCUAGUUCCUCCAACUAUAGAGGUCACCCUUGAUAUUAAAGAAGUAUUAGAUACCUUCAGAGUGGCUGCUGAACUGGGAAGUGAUUCACUUGGAGCAUAUGUGAUUUCUAUGGCCUCCAAUGCUAGUGAUGUUCUGGCAGUUGAGCUUUUGCAGAAGGACGCUCGCCUAGCUGUUGCUGGAGAGCUAGGCAGACCAUGUCCUGGUGGAACGCUUCGAGUUGUUCCUCUAUUUGAAACUGUGAAGGACUUGAGACAAGCUGGUUCAGUCAUCAGAAAGCUACUAUCAAUUGAUUGGUAUCACGAUCAUAUUGUUAAGAACCAUAAUGGACACCAGGAGGUGAUGGUUGGAUAUUCUGACUCGGGUAAAGAUGCAGGACGCUUUACUGCUGCUUGGGAACUUUACAAAGCUCAACAAGAUGUUACCACAGCAUGUAAUGAAUUUGGCAUAAAGAUUACUCUAUUCCAUGGCCGUGGAGGCAGCAUUGGACGUGGUGGUGGUCCUACGCAUCUUGCUAUUCAGUCCCAACCGCCUGGUUCAGUUAUGGGUACUCUAAGAUCUACCGAGCAAGGUGAAAUGGUGCAGGCCAAGUUUGGGCUACCACAAAUGGCUGUACGACAGUUAGAGAUCUACACCACAGCUGUGCUUCUUGCUACCAUAAGACCACCCCAAUCACCCAAGGAAGAAAAAUGGCGCAAACUGAUGGAUGAAAUUUCACAAAUCAGUUCAACUACUUACAGGACCACUGUCUAUGAGAACCCUGAAUUUCUUGCCUACUUCCAUGAGGCGACACCUCAGGCUGAGCUCGGCUGUCUUAACAUUGGAAGCCGUCCAACACGCAGAAAGGUUUCAACUGGAAUCGGACACCUGAGGGCCAUUCCGUGGAUAUUCGCCUGGACUCAGACACGGCUAAUUCUCCCUGCUUGGCUUGGAGUUGGUGCAGGCUUGAAGGGCAUCUGUGAGAAAGGGCACACCGAAGAUUUACGAGCAAUGUACAAAGAGUGGCCUUUCUUCCAAUCAACUAUCGACUUGAUAGAGAUGGUUCUGGGAAAAGCAGACAUACCAAUAGCCAAGCAUUACGAUGAAGUUUUGGUGUCUGAGAGCAGGCAAGAGCUGGGGGCUGAGCUUAGGAGGGAACUUUUGACAGCAGAGAAGUUUGUACUGUUGAUAACCGGACACGAAAAACUGUCCGAAAACAACCGUAGCCUUCGGAAGCUGAUCGAGAGCAGGCUUCCCUAUCUGAAUCCAAUAAACAUGCUGCAGGUGGAGAUACUGAAAAGGCUGAGGCGAGACGACGACAACAACAAACUGCGAGAUGCCUUGCUUAUCACCAUUAAUGGCAUUGCUGCUGGCAUGAGGAACACGGGCUGAGCGACGUACUAGUAAAACUCAUCAUCUAUCUAAACAAUUUAGGCAAUAUCUGAUGAAAAAUAGUUUCUUGUUAUUUGCAUAUGCAGAAACCAUUUCUUCGUGACAUAAGUAUGUAAAUAUUGUCUCAGAAGAAAAUCUGAGAUCAGAAGUGUGAUGUCUUUUGAUGCAACGUUAUUACCUACUAGAGCAUUAUGAUUUUGUGCAGUUAGUGACAAAAUCUGAUGCUCAAAUAUCUCCCCAUCUAUUCCUGUCUGUUCCUAGUGAAACCUCUUUCUCUGGAGUAAAGAUUAUGCUCAGCAUCUGAUGCGGCAUGAGAUGAAAGAAGCCUCUCUUUAUUUGAA